UCCUCUUCUUCUUCAGUGAGCUUAGUGGGACAACAGCAUGCUUCCAUCGCAAAGUUUAGCCAACAAGCAGGUGAAAGGAGGGCACGAUGGGCUGAGGGUUUAGCCCCUCGCUGCCCUCAGCAAACACUCACCCUCCCUCGCUCCCUCCUUCUCCUCCCCGCCAUUAUUUGUCCUGAGCGCACAGCCCCCAAUGGGCCCUUUUGGAAGGCGGCAAAAAGAAGAAGAAGAAGAAGAAGAGCGAUUGCAGCUGUGACGUGGGCGUUGUUGUUCCAUUCAGCGCCCUCGCCAUGGCAACGGGGCAAAAGGCCCUUGGAAGCACGCAGCUCGUCUCGCUGGACAGCGCAGCCAGCUGGAAGUCUCGCUCUCCGGCUCCAAUAGUGGCUAAAUAUCCCAAAUAUUCCUUUAGAGAUUACUGCAGCACUGAAAGGUUCAACUUCACUCAUCCAUGUUAAUUCACUUUCUAUCUAGUCUAUAUACAUUUCAAUGUUUUUCCUUUAGAGGCUAUUUUCAAUUUUCAAGAGCACUUGUCCUCGUCUGACUUUGGACGAGAGGCAGUGGACAUAGACCUUGGUUUCAGGUUAGGAACGGCGCGGAAUAAACUAGUUAGCGAAGGUUAGGGUAAUAUGUGGUCACGUGGCACAAGAAGGCAUAGCGAGUUACUGUACUUCGUAUUUUUCCUUUGACUGUUUUAUAUUUAUGGCAAAAAAGUUUUUUUUUUCCAUCCAAGUAUUUGCUGUAAUUAUGACUAUACAUGUGUUCUAUCUCAUGUACAAAUUCGGGUUAAAUUGCUACCGCAUGGAGAGAACUCCGUCAUAAACCAAGGAACUGGUGGUGUUAUACGCUACAUAAAUAUCCCAAUUCUUGCCGUUACCGUAGAAAACGGGUGGUGUUGCACAAGGCUCACUGUUCAGUCCACACAUUUUUUAUAUACGCUUCAUGAAUGUCCAAAUUGACUGGUGUGACAGUGUAAAAUGCUGGUGUUCCACAAGGCUCCCUAUUAGGUCCACUCUAUAGACUGCGAAUGUCAAAAUUACUUGACGUUCCGGUAGGCGAGCAAGAUAAUAAUGGAAUGGAAUAAUGUUCAAGAGUAUGCUGUCACUCUGCAGAAGACAGCAUGCAAUUACUGCUGUACUUACAGUUUUUAAUUUGAUUGUUUUAUAUCUGUGGCCUCCAAGUGUUUUUCAUACAUUUUUGGUUAGCAUAGGUUAUUGAUAGACUAUGACGAGUUCCGACUUCUGUUACAUCGCAGCCGUGGAAAACGAGGACCCCCUAUGUACUACAUUUUUGAAACGAUAAGUUUUGUUUUCGUUGAACAGGUUGAACACUUUCUGUUGUUUACAAAACUUUUACUGUAUGUUAGCUAUCCAGGCUGUGUUUGGAAUCACUACCAGGGGUGUCAAACUCAUUUUUGUUGCAGCCACAUUGCAGUUACGGUUUCCCUUAGGGGGCCGUUAUGACUGUGACACCAUAUUCAUGUUUAAUCGCCUCAUCAUAUUAUUGCAUAGACAUGAAGAAAUGAAGAAAAAAAAAAAUCAAGAGUAAUUGUCUAACCUUGUUCAAGUUACUUUAAGAAGGUGUCUGGUAACCCCCCGCUCCAAAAAAUGCUUGCAAUAUCUCUGCGUUAUGAUGUAUUACAUAUGACAAUUUGAAAAUUUGGAACACAUUUUAGGAAGAAUUCUGGAAGUUGCCACAUUAUUUUGCUUUCAUGGGCCACAAAAAAUGUUGCGGCCAGAUCUGGCCCCCGGGCCUUGUGUUUGACACGCCCACUGUAAGGUGCCUUCUACAUCUAGUGAGUUUGCCAUUUUGUGUAUUUUCGGCUAAAAUACGCAACAGCAAUGACAUAAUUAACAGCGUGCGAGUUGUUCCAAAGCAAGUUUUCUUCUGCCCUUGAUAUACAAAUCCCUGUGUAGUGAUAUCGGGAGUAGGGAUGAGUAACUGAUACAUGCAGCCGCCAUUGAAGACUCCCAAGGAAAAUGAUGGUGAUUGACAGGUGAUCAAUGCAGGGUGUAUCCCAGCAGGGAUGCGUGAAUGAGGCUCGUCUUGCGCGUGUUUACACUCUGCCUCCGCCGUAACGCCGCAGGACCUCUCGUAGUGGAGCGGGAUCCGAGGGGAUGGGACGAGGGGGGCUCGCGCACAAUCUCCCGUGACCAAUGAGCGGGGUGCUGUCAGGGGUAACCACAUGUGUCAGCCACUCUCGGCCAAUAAAGAGCGGAGCGAGGCGGACCACAGGUGCGCGCCUCCGUCCCCCCUGGCACAGCGCCCCGGAGAUGCUGGAGAGAGACGCCUGGCUGCUCCUCCUGACUCCCCCCUCCUCAUACUCCCCGCUCGGGCGGUGAUGGCGACCGCCACGUCCAACCACUUCAGCGUCCUCAGCAGCCCCGGCAGCCCUCCGCCGCCGCCGCCGCCGCCGCCGCAGCAGCAGUCGGAGUCCGGGACCAUGCAGCAGCAGCAGCAGCAGCAGCAGCAGUACAGGGACGCGCACGCCCUGCUCCAGAGCGACUACGGCGCGCACCCGCUCAGCCAUCACGCGCACCAGUGGAUCGCGGCGCUGUCUCACCACGGGGACGCCGUAGCCCCGUGGCCGUCCAGUCCGCUCGGGGAGCAGGACGUCAAGCCGGUGCUGCACGACGACGAGCGCGAGGAGCAGCGCGACUCCGGCGGCGGCGGCGGCGCGCAACAGCGACACCCUCACCCGGCCGCGCAUCACGACGCCAGAGCAUGCUGGCGCACCGGCAGCACCGCCAUGCAGGCGACGUCUGAGGGCCAGGCUCUGCUCUACUCGCAGUCCGGCUUCGGGAUGAUGCCCGGCGGCGAGCAAGGCGGCAUGCACCACUCGCACCCGCACCCGCACCCGCACCACCACCCGCUGCCUAGGGACGACGAGCAGCACGGCGGCCACAGCCCGCACCUGAGCGACCACGGAGGCGGGCCGCCGCCGCAGCAGCACCAGGACCACUCGGACGAAGACACGCCGACCUCGGACGAGCUGGAGCAGUUCGCCAAGCAGUUCAAGCAGCGGCGCAUCAAGCUGGGCUUCACGCAGGCCGACGUGGGUCUGGCCCUGGGGACCCUGUACGGCAACGUCUUCUCGCAGACCACCAUCUGCAGGUUCGAGGCGCUGCAGCUGAGCUUCAAGAACAUGUGCAAGCUCAAGCCGCUGCUGAACAAGUGGCUGGAGGAGGCCGACUCCACGUCGGGCAGCCCCACCAGCCUGGACAAGAUCGCCGCGCAGGGCCGCAAGAGGAAAAAGAGGACCUCCAUCGAGGUGGGCGUCAAGGGGGCCCUGGAGAGCCACUUCCUCAAGUGCCCCAAGCCCGGCGCGGCCGAGAUCAACUCGCUGGCCGACAGCCUGCAGCUGGAGAAGGAGGUGGUCCGGGUUUGGUUCUGUAACAGGAGGCAGAAGGAGAAGCGGAUGACGCCCGCCGGGGGGGGCCUGCCCGGGGGGGAGGACAUGUACGGGGACAGCCCCCCGCACCACGGAGGACAGACCCCGGUGCAGUGACCAAAAAAAAAAAAGAGCACGCAGCGUUCUUUCCAUUUUUGUCCCCCCCCCCUUAAAAAAUGAAAAUAUCUAUAUAUAUAUCUAUAUAUAUAUAUAUAGAUAUAUAUAUAAAAUAAAAGAAUCAUAAUGUGGCGAGGACACGAUUGGGAUUUACAGUGCAGCCCCUCCACGCUGCGGAACUCACGGCGACUAUUAUGGGAUGUAUUCUUCUUCUUCUUAAUUAUUGUUACGUGCUGCCGUGGGAGCCACGCAAACGCCCUUUUGUGCGUCACUGUGCCAAAUUGUGUGGACUUGGAGUCUCACGCUCACACACGCCAAAAAAAAGAAAAAAGAAAGGCGUCGUUUGUGGACGUGGGGCGGGGGGCGGGUGCAGGGGGGUUCUCGCGUGGGCUGCAGGAGGAACCGCAGUGAGUAAAAGUGGGGUAAAUAAACGCCAUCUUUGCGUGGAACAAAAGCAACAGGGGGUCCACGCCGACAGUAUCAAAACAGCUGCAGACACCUGCGCCUCCUUCGCAUUUACAAUUAAACCAGCAUCAUCAUCAUCAUCAUCAUCAGUAUUACUACUACUACUAUUAUUAUUAUUAUUAUUAUUAUUAUUAUUAGGAAGGUCAUGUUUAUUAUGAUUGCUCUUUCAUUGUUUUUAUUAUUUAAAGGUUCAUUUUCGUUAAAUAAUUAAAUGUAAAAAUAUUGCACCUGCUCUUUCCCCAUGGUCACUUUUACAGCAACAUUAGUAUUAUUAUUUAAUAUUGUUAUAUAUCAUAAUAUUACAGUAUUCCCAUUACUAACGUAUAGUUUUUUCUGUUUAUUGUAGUUGUUCUCAUUUUAAUUCAGUAAUUGCUUGAGCACACAAAAUAGUUUUUGCCGGGCCCACCAUUGUAUAUAAAGUAUAAAAUCUCUACGAUAACAACAAGGAAUUCAGACAAUAUUACAAGUGACCAUGAUGCUUAAUUAUGAUACAGCCAUAGUAUCAGCAAUGCACCAAUUCAGUAAUAAUAAUAAUAAUAAUAAUAUAAUGGAAAUACUUUCAAGCUUUUUGUGUGCACUGUGUUUUUGAUGUUUGUUAUUUCUGUACUUUUUCCAAAAAAAAAUGAGAGAAAAACUAAAGAGAGAAAAACUAUUCUGUGAGUCUCCAAAAGCAAUCCAGCCCAUUUUGUAUUUUUUUGCCUUCGUCUCCUAUGAAGAUGGAGGACAUUAAAAAAAAAAAAAAAUACUACUAAUUUCAAAAUAAGCUGAAUUCCAUGUCCUCAUGAUAUACCAGCUACUACAUUCACCCAGACUCUUUGUGGGAUGUAUCGCAUUCGUUGGUUCUGAUUUGAUGCUGUUUGUUUUUUGUACAGGGUUCGUUUUGUAUAUUUGUCAGUCUGUGGCAAUACACACACACACACACACACGUUCUUGUGCUACUGUGAUUUCCAUAGAAGCUUGUGUGACGAGGGCAAGGUUAUACGAGGACUGGCGUGCAGGUUUUACUUCUGCUUAAAAUGUGGAAACUCAGACGCAGCUUGAGGACAAUUUUGUCAUUUAGGACAACAACGCUCUCUGAAUGUAUCAACAGAAUUUUCCCAGCAAUGUUUUAUAAUAUUCAUGAUAUAAAUCGUAAUAAUUGUGCGGAUUUAUGAUUUUUUUUUUUUUUUUUUUUUUUUUUUUUUCUCUCUCUCCGCAACAGGCCCUGCGUGAGUCCUGUCUUGUGUCCUCAAUGCUGAAUUUGAGUUUUCGCCUUGCGGGAGGGUAAUGAAUACAAAACCAAAACAAAACAUUUAUCGACCUGAAAUCUGUGACGAGGAAGAAAAAAAAAAAAAAGAAACAAAUCGACAAUUGCACAAUUUCUACAUGCUUUUUUGUCAUUAAAUCCGAUUUGUUUUCUA